AUGCCACAAAGGAUAGCUUGUUUCGUAAAUUUCGCACGAACUCGCACCUUACUAUGCGUCAUACUUUCUGCUUUACUGGCAUUCAUUAUUCUUUUUUCUGCUGGUGGAACAGCUGUCUAUGUCACUGCUCCAAAAGAUGGCCUAUCUCCGCCUUGGUACCCAGCUCCUCCUGGAGGAACUCUUUCGUCGUGGAGAGGUGCCUAUGAAAAGGCAACACGCCUGGUUAGCCAAAUGUCUCUCCUAGAGAAGGUGAACAUCACAACAGGGACCGGCUGGCAAAUGGGUCUUUGUGUAGGAAAUACGGGUCCCGCAACCAAUGUCAAGUUCCCUUCGCUAUGUCUUCAGGACGGUCCUUUAGGCAUUCGUUUCGCCGACCAUAGCACGGCGUUUCCCGCUGGUGUUACUGUCGGAGCAACUUGGAAUCGCGACUUGAUGUACCGACGCGGUCGCCUGCACGGGAGGGAAGCGCGUAUGAAAGGUGUCAACAUCAUCCUAGGACCUUCAAUGGGUCCAUUAGGCAGAAUACCUGGUGGUGGACGGAACUGGGAAGGCUUUGGAGCGGACCCAGUCCUUCAGGGUGUUGCAGCUUCACAGACGAUUAAGGGAAUUCAAGAAGAGGGCGUGAUUGCAACUGCCAAGCACUACAUCCUCAACGAGCAGGAGCAUUUCCGACAGUCCUUCGAGUGGGGCUUACCAAAUGCCUUAUCCGUCAACAUUGACGAUCGUACGCUGCACGAGAUAUAUCUGUGGCCAUUCGCUGAAAGUGUCCGUGCUGGAGUCGGAUCGGUCAUGUGCAGCUAUCAGAUGGUUAACAACUCCUAUGCGUGCCAAAAUAGCAAGAUUAUAAAUGGUAUCCUCAAGGACGAACUCGGCUUUCAAGGUUUCAUGCAGUCAGACUGGCUCGCACAACGAAGUGGAGUAGCCAGUGCACUUGCUGGGCUAGACAUGUCAAUGCCAGGUGAUGGACUGCGUUGGGCAAAUGGAAAGUCACUUUGGGGAACUGAGCUCACCAAAGCGGUACUAAAUGGCUCUCUACCAAUGUCUCGUCUAAAUGACAUGGCUAUUCGCAUCGUCGCAGCGUAUUACCAACUCGGCCAGGACGAUCCAUCGCGCUUUCCAGAGGAAGGUCCGAAUUUUUCCUCGUGGACGGACGAAGAGGUUGGAUUUCUGUAUCACGGAACUGGAGAAGGAGAACGUGGCGUUGUGAAUAAAUACGUUGACGUACAAGGCGAAGGUGACGAUGCGCAUGGAAAACUCGUAAGGCAGAUCGGAGCGGAGGCGGUAACAUUAUUGAAGAACGAAGAUGGCAUUCUGCCUCUAAGAAGAGACGGCUCAGGUCUGUCAGCUGAUGGUCAGACAGUGAGGGUAGCUAUUAUUGGAGAGGAUGCCGGAGAAGGGAAAGGUCCGAAUGCAUGCGAGGACAGAGGGUGUAACCAGGGAACACUUGCAGUCGGCUGGGGCUCUGGUGCCACUGAGUUUCAAUACCUUGUGACACCUGAUACUGCUCUUCGCAAAGCUUUCGACACUGAGCACAUCAUCGUAUCAUCUUUCCUUACAAACGCUAAUCCUCCCUCCGGCGCCAUAGAAGACCAAGACCUCUGUCUUGCCUUCGUAAACGCAGACUCUGGAGAAGGCUUCAUCGCCCAUGAUGGGAUAUCAGGAGAUAGACCAGAUCUUUACCCACAGAAAGGUGGCGAUAAGCUUGUUCAGAACGUCGCACGUAGAUGCGGAUCCGGGAAAGGAAAGACCGUCGUUAUCGUACACUCGGUUGGGCCGGUAGUCGUUGAGAGAUGGGUUGACAUGCCUGGUGUAAAGGGAUUGUUAUUUGCCCAUUUACCUGGACAGGAAAGCGGGAACUCGUUGAUUGACGUCAUAUUUGGCGACAUAGACGCCAGCGGUAGGCUUCCCUAUACUGUAGGCAAGAGCCUUAAAGAUUACGGCAAGGCCGGUCAAAUUUUAACUAUUCCGAACGGUGUCAUACCACAACAAGACUUUGACGAGGGACUUUAUAUCGAUUAUAGACAUUUUGAUAAGUACGCAAUCACUCCCCGCUAUGAGUUCGGUUUCGGGCUCUCUUAUACAACGUUCACAUAUUCCAACCUUAACGUCACGCCGACUAAAUCGAAAUCUCCCUUCCCAUCCGCUCGCCCGCAAGGAUUAUCUCCUCCCAGGUUGGACGAGACCAUCCCUCCAGCAUCCGACGCAGUCUAUCCUCCCGGAUUCCGUAAACUCAAGAAGUUCAUCUAUCCGUAUAUCGAUCGAGUGUCCGAUAUUAAGACUGGAAAAUACCCUUAUCCGGCCGGAUAUGAUAUCGUUCAGGAGCCCUCCCAGGCAGGCGGAGGCGAAGGUGGUAAUCCGAGUCUUUGGGAUAUACACGCCGAGGUCGAGUUUACUCUAACUAAUACUGGCCAACGUCGAGGAAAAGAAGUUGUUCAGUUAUAUGUUUCCUUCCCAAGUAAUAUUCACGUCGGCGACAUCGAUGGAACGGCUCGACCUGGACUUUAUAACGACUUCCCAGUGAGAGUACUUCGAGGUUUCGAAAAAAUUGAGCUUGCACCAGGAGAAAGCAAGCAAGUCAAGUUCGAGGUUACAAGGAAGGAUCUAAGCUAUUGGUCUGUGGAGCAUCAGAAUUGGGUUAUGCCAACGAGAGGGACAUUCGAACUAAGUGUUGGAAGUAGUUCGCGGAAUAUGCCUCUGACUGGCUUGUUGUAA